CGGAUGCUGUAGUUGUUUUCAAGACGCACAUGUGGUAGUAAAUACAGAUCUUCGAAACAUAAACACACCAUACACUCACAGUAGUUUAUACAGGCUGUGUGGAAGCUGUAAAACUGCUUUGUUAAAUGAUUUCGUUUACUAUCAGGGUUGGUUAUUUGUUUUUGCGUUCAGUGUCACAGAGUUUAAAUCUGUCAUGUUGUAAGAGACAAUGUCUCGGGAAGACAGCACGUCUGUACAGUGUGGAAGCUGUACAGGCUGAUCUGAGGAAACUGAAAAGCCUUGAGAAGCGCUUUGAGAGAAAGCUGGGUUCAGUUUAUGAGCAGUUUGCUGAUGUACCUGACAGCACUGUGUUCCAGGGACUCCAUCAUGUGUAUACUGUGGAACAGCAUGGAGUAUACAGAACAGCACGUGGAGAAGAUGAGCAGCACAUUGUGCCAGUUCUCAGUGCUGAUUGGGCAGGUGAUAUGGACGGGACUGUUCAGAGGGUCAGACUCUCUCCUUCUGAGUCCAUGCUGGCAGCUACACUGAAGAGCAACCACAGUGAGGUGGCUAGAUGCUUGCUCGUUCGAUUAGAAACCGAUGCUAUUCCCCAGGAGUCCACGCUCAUCCUUGACAAUGUGUUCAGCUUUGAGUGGGUCACUGAUGACGUACUGUACUACACCACUCGAGAAGGGCUCCGGUGCAGACAUGUUUAUCGACUUCACCUUACAAACACUGGGGCCCACAGUAUCCUGGUUUAUGAAGAAAAAGAUCCUGAGUUCUUUGUGGAGGUCAUUCGGUCAAGAGACCAGAAGCUUCUGACUAUAAACUGCAGUAGUAAGAGCAGUUCCGAGGUCUGGAUGAUUGACAGCAGGUCUCCUUUCUCACCACCUAAACUAAUACAGCCUCGGCAGCCUGGUUUGCUGUACCAUGUAGAGCAUUCUGACAACCAGCUGUAUGUCCUUGCCAACACUGGCCCAGGCCACGAGUACGAGCUGCUGAGGACCCCUCUCUCCUCUCCAGCCAUGUGCUACUGGGAGCCUAUGUUCAGGCCUGGACCUGGAGCAGUCAUUAAAGACAUGGAGAUGUUUCCAGACCAUUGUCUGUUCACAUUACGGGGGCCUCAGGGUCGACUCCAACUGCAGACCUUUCCAUUAAAAACUCCUAACCAUGUGGCCAUUCACUAUCUGCCAUCCUGGGCCUGUGCUGUAGAGACAGAACGCUCUGACACAUUGAAAAGAAAGGUAUUCCACUUCCUCCUGUCCUCCCCGGUUCAUCCCCCUGUCCGCUACCGCUUAUCUCCUACGGAUGAGCGACCCCUCUCCUGUGAAGGAGUGUUUCAACACACCACCCUCUCUGAGUGUCACACCACCCACCUGCAGGCCAUCAGCCAGGAUGGGACUGCAGUGCCUUUGACACUUUUUCACACAAAAUCAUUGGCUGAUCUGCGUGAUGUUCCACUCCUGCUCCAUGUAUAUGGUGCUUACGGCCUGGACCUCAAUAUGACCUUCAGUCCUGAGAAGAGACUGCUGCUAGAGGAUAACUGGGCUUUGGCCUACUGCCAUGUCAGGGGUGGUGGUGAGUGUGGUCUGGCCUGGCAUCGAGCAGGGUGUUUACAGCAUAAGCAGAACGGAGUGGAGGAUCUCACUGCCUGUAUUCAGACUCUCUUCCAGUCAGGAGUGUCCCAGCCUGCACUAACUGCACUCACUGCACGCAGUGCAGGAGCUGUCCUAGUGGGUGCACUGUGCAACCAGCAUCCUCACCUCCUCAGAGCUGUCCUCCUGCAGGCACCUUUUUUGGAUGUUCUUAGCACCAUGCAGGACUCGUCCCUGCCAUUAACAGUGGAGGAGAGAGGGGAGUGGGGUGACCCGCUUGCAUAUACUCAGGACUGGAACAACAUUGCCUCUUACUGUCCCUGUCAUAAUAUUACUCCUCAGCUUUAUCCAUCCAUGCUGAUCACUGCAUACUCUGAGGACAGCAGAGUGCCUUUGGCAGGUGUGUUAAAGUAUGUAGAAAAACUCAAGGCGGCCAUCCAGACCCAUACCAGCAACCUCAAUAUGAAGGGACAUGUUCCAGCUGUCAUUCUGGAUCUUCAGCCAGGUGGAGAUCACUUUGGCCCAGAGGAUUAUGACCAGUCCAUUUGUGAGAUUGCUCGACAGUUAGCUUUUCUCUACACAACCCUGGGACUGGAUCUCCAUGGGUCCAGACAUAAAAAAAAGAGGAAGUUAAUCAUGAGGAAGAUUUAAUGAAAUUUGAUAUUUUCCUGAACUGUGAGCUAAUAUAAUUGUGAAUAAAGUAUGUGAAUUAUUGUAACAAAUAUAUUUAUAGUGAACAUAUGUGCAUUUUUAUUUAACAUGUAAAACAUUUCUUUAGGAAAAUACAAAUGAGACAGACAGCACUUGAGCUUCACAGGAGUGUUUGGCACUGCAGCCCCAUGCUUUUAAUUCAUGUCACAUUCUCAGCACCGGUACAAUAUAUUAAAGACAUUUAGGUAGCAUGCCUUCUCAGAGAUGUAACACUCAGACUUAUGGUUAGGAUGAAAGCGCUUACUGGUGGAGUACUUCAGCAGCAGUCCCUGGCCCUUUGAGGUUCUGAUUUUGGAUUUGGAGAAGCUGCUUGCAGUCCCAGGUUGUGUACUGAAGUGAACGGUGAGAUAAUCUGGUAGCUCACUAAGAGCUGAGAGGUUUGUUUCUGUAUCUUCACCAAAGUUCAGCAGUAUUAGAAAAGCCUGGUUCAGUCCAUCUAACUCACGCACAAAGGCAAACACGUUAUCAUCUGCCCAGAUGUAGCAGAGCCAGCCUCGAGUCAAUGCUAUCUCCUUUUCUCUGAGUAGAGCCAGAGUGCGGUACUGCUCCAACACUGAGGCAGGGUCACCCUGCUGAACCUACACACACACACAUGGAGAGAGAGAGAGAGAGAGAGUCUCUUACUGCCCUCCAAAUGUUUAAAUUCAUCAAGAGAAUAGUAACAUGAACAGUAUUAAGGUACUGAAAGAGAAAGUCAGUGCUACAUUAUUUGUUCGUUGGUCUUUAUAAACUGCUUUAUCCUGGUCAGGUUGACGGAGCCUAUAGCUAGAAUACUGGCUGCAAAAGGGAAAUAUAUGCUAGAAGGGAUGCCAGUCCAACACAGGGCACAAUGCACGAACAUUCACACCUUGAGGCAACUUAUUGUAACCAGUAUACCUACUGGUAUUUUUGGAAGGUGGGAGAAAACUUCUGAACCCAGAGGAAACCCACACAGACACAGGGAGAACAUGCACAGAAACUCAACACAGACAUUAAAACCAAGCUCAAGAAUAAACCGAAGACCCUGGAGCUGUGAGGUGAUGAUGCUACACUGUGCCAAUCUGUGCUGCAUGUUUAUUGUUUAUAUAUGAAAUAAAAAAAUGUAUGGUUAAAUA